AUGGAUGGGAACACCAGAGGAGGUGGACAUUGUGAAGCAUUGAAGAGCUACAAUCUGGGCAAAACGUUAGGUGCAAGCACAUUUGGAAAAGUGAUAAUUGCAGAUCAUAAGCUUACAGGACUCAAAGUUGCUGUAAAGAUUCUGAACCGUCGUAAAAUGAAAACUAUGGAAAUGGAAGAGAAAGCAAAUAGAGAAAUCAAGAUAUUGAGGUCGUUCAUUGAUUUCAUUCACCCUCAUAUCAUCCGGAUUUAUGAGGUCAUUGAGACACCGAAGGAUAUAUUUGUUGUGAUGGAAUAUUGCCAGAAUGGUGACCUUUUGGACUACAUUGUUGAGAAAAGGCGGUUACAGGAAGAUGUGGCCCGUCGAAUCUUCCAGCAGAUUAUGUCUGCUGUUGAAUACUGCCACACAAACAUGGUUGUUCAUCGUGAUCUAAAGCCAGAAAACCUGCUAGUUGAUUCCAAAUAUAAUGUGAAACUUGCUGACUUUGGGUUAAGCAAUGUGAUGCAUGAUGGCCAUUUUUUGAAGACUAGCUGCGGGAGUAUAAACUAUGCCGCACCAGAGGUUAUCUCAGGUGAAUUGUACGCUGGACCUGAGGUUGAUGUUUGGAGCUGUGGGGUGAUACUUUAUGCUCUUCUUUGUGGUGCUGUUCCAUUCGAUGAUGACAAUAUUUCCAAACUGUUCAAUAAGAUAAAGGGAGGUUUCUAUAUCCUUCCAAAUCAUUUAUCUGAUCUUGCAAUGGAUUUGAUCCCAAGAAUGCUUAUUGUUGAUCCCAUGAAGAGAAUCACAACCUGUGAAAUUCGAGAUCACCCAUGGUUUCAGAAUCGCCUUCCUCGCUACCUGGCAGUGCCUCCACCAAAGACAGCACAACAAGCCAAAAUGGAGAUUGACGAAGAUACACUUCAAGAUGUUGCCAAUCUGGGAUAUGAUAAAGAUCAUGUGUGUGAAUCAUUGUGCAAUAGGCUGAAAAAUGAGGAAACUGUUGCAUAUUACUUAAUCUUGGACAAUCGGUUCCGGGCUACUAGUGGCUAUUUGGGGGCUGAAUAUCAACAAGAAAUGGAUAUGAGUUUUAAUCAUUUUACUCUAUCGGAAUCAGCAAGCCCAAGUACCUGGAAUUAUCUUCCAGGAAGUAAUGAUUCUCAAGGUAGUGGCUUGCGGCCAUAUUACCGCGUUGAAAGAAAAUGGGCUCUUGUACUCCAGUCUCGAGCUCAACCUCGCGCGAUAUUGAUUGAGGUUCUAAAGGCACUUAAGGAAUUAAAUGUCUAUUGGAAGAAGAAUGUGGACUACAACAUGAAAUGCAGUUGGUGCCCUGGGUUUCCUCAGGUCAAUGAUAUGUUGUUAGAUGCCAACCACAGCUUUGUUGAUGACUCUACCAUCAUGGAUAAUGGUGAUGUUAAUAGGAGGCUACCUGCUGUGAUCAAGUUUGAAAUUCAGCUUUACAAGACCAGGGAUGGCAAGUACUUGCUAGAUAUGCAAAGAGUUACUGGACCUCAGCUCCUCUUCCUGGAAUUUUGUGUGGCCUUCCUUACCAACCUUAGGGUUCUAUAG